AUGGUGGUGGGUCUCAUGAUGUUCUGGGGUUGGGUGGGGGUCCUGUGGGGCAGCGACACCCCCAAAACGGUGAAGCAGCUCCUAAAGGUGCUGAGACAGCAGCAGAGCGAGGGGGGGAGACCCCCGCCGCUGGCUCCGGGGGGGGACGUGGGGGGCACCCUGGGGGGGCUGACCCCUGACCCCGACCCCGACCCCGGGGAGUUGGCAGCCGCCCGCGCCGCCGUGCGUGCCAUGGACCCCCGGGAACUCCUGCGGCAGGACGAGGAGGGUGACACGCUACUGCACGUGCUGUGUGCGCGGGGGCUGCGGGCCCCGGCCCGGGCGGCCGCGGAGGCCUUCAAGGCGCUGGGGCAACUGGAGUUGCGCGAGCAUCGCGGGAAGACACCGCUGCUGGUGGCGGCGGCGGCGGCGGCGGGGGGGGUGGUGGGCGACCUGCUGGCGCUGGGGGCCGACCCCGACGCCGCCGACCACCGGGGCCGGACCGCGCUGCACCUCGCCGCAACCUACGGGCUCCCCCGCGUCCUCCAGGCCAUGAUGUCAUCGGGGGUCCCCAUGAACGUGGAGGCCAGAAACUUCGAAGGCCAGACCCCUCUGCACUGCGCCGUCCUAUCCCAUAAUGCCUCACUGCGAGCGGGGGGGUAACACCGGGGGGGUUUCCGGGGGGGGUCCCCCAACUUCACCCCCCAAGAACGGCUCCUCUGCGUCGAGUUGUUGCUGCGUAUGGGGGCCGACUGCGGCAGCCAGGACAUGAAGAGCAGCCAGACCGUGUUGCACUUGGCCGUGAGGGGGGGGAACCUGGCCUUGACCCACCUCCUCCUGCGCCAACCCGGAGUGGCCCCUCGCCUCGUCAACGUGAAGGCCCACGGGAACACCCCCCUGCACAUGGCGGCGGCUCUGCCGGGGGGGCCGAGCCAGGAGCCCCUCGUCCGACUUCUUCUGGCCUGGGGGGCCGACCCCGGCGCCCGCAACCUGGAGCACGACCUGCCCCACAGCCUGCUGCCCCCCGGCCCCCCCGGGGACCAGCUCCGCCUCCUCCUGAAGAGCCGCCGUGGGGCCCGCCGCCCUUCCCCCACUUCCUAGGGGCAGAAGUGACAUCAGAGGGGUGGGGCCUCCUGGAUAUGACAUCAUAGGAGGGGGGGAGGGACACUCUUCUCUCGCCCCUCCCUCUUUCCGGGGACACCCCCAUAUUGGGGG